UCCACAGUUAAGGUAAACAGAUCUGUGAUGACAUUUUCUGAGCAGAAUACCAAUGCUGCUACAUUUCUUCCCAGAGGUUUCUGACACUUCUUAUAUGCGGAUAAAAUUUCUCCCCAAGAAGGUUUUGUUCACAGGAAAGAAAUAGGAUCUUUGUAGGAGUCUUCCUUAAAGAAAUGGCAUCAGAUAUUCCUGGCUCUGUGGCCUUGCCGGUGGCACCAAUGGCAAGUGGGCAAGUGAGAAUGGCAGGAUCCAUGCCUUCCAGAGGAGGAAAGCGCCGCUCUGGAAUGGACUUCGAUGAUGAAGAUGGGGAGGGGCCCAGCAAAUUUUCAAGGUAUGAUGGUGAUCAAAUCUCUGGUGAUAAGGAAAAGUUUGCAAGGGAGAAUCAUAGUGAAAUUGAGAGGCGCAGGAGAAAUAAGAUGACACAGUACAUCACCGAGCUGUCCGAUAUGGUCCCCACUUGUAGCGCGUUGGCUCGUAAGCCUGACAAGCUGACAAUUCUUCGGAUGGCCGUUUCGCACAUGAAAUCAAUGAGGGGCACUGGAAACAAAUCUACUGAUGGAGCUUACAAGCCUUCAUUUCUUACAGAACAGGAACUGAAGCAUCUUAUCCUGGAGGCUGCAGAUGGGUUCCUGUUUGUAGUUGCAGCUGAGACGGGAAGAGUGAUCUACGUAUCAGACUCUGUGACUCCUGUGCUGAACCAGCCGCAGUCUGAAUGGUUUGGCAGCACUUUGUACGAACAGGUUCAUCCAGACGAUGUGGAAAAGCUGCGAGAGCAACUAUGUACAUCCGAAAACUCUAUGACAGGACGAAUCCUGGACUUGAAGACUGGAACGGUAAAGAAAGAGGGUCAGCAGUCCUCAAUGAGAAUGUGCAUGGGAUCAAGGCGCUCUUUCAUUUGCAGGAUGAGGUGUGGAAAUGCUCCUCUGGAUCAUUUACCUCUGAACAGGAUAACCACCAUGAGAAAAAGAUACAGGAAUGGCCUUGGCCCAGUAAAAGAAGGCGAAGCACAGUAUGCUGUUGUCCAUUGCACUGGCUAUAUCAAGGCUUGGCCACCAGCAGGAAUGACUAUACCAGAAGAGGACGCUGAUGUGGGACAGGGUAGUAAAUAUUGCCUCGUGGCAAUAGGAAGGCUUCAGGUAACCAGCUCUCCCGUGUGCAUGGACAUGAACGGCAUGUCAGUCCCAACUGAGUUCUUGUCUAGGCACAAUUCUGAUGGAGUCAUCACCUUUGUCGACCCAAGGUGCAUCAGCGUCAUCGGUUACCAGCCCCAGGAUCUUCUGGGGAAAGAUAUUUUAGAAUUCUGCCAUCCUGAAGAUCAAAGCCAUUUGAGGGAGAGUUUCCAACAGGUUGUGAAACUGAAGGGUCAAGUCCUGUCUGUGAUGUAUCGUUUUCGUACCAAAAACCGGGAAUGGAUGCUGAUCAGAACCAGCAGCUUCACGUUUCAGAAUCCUUAUUCUGAUGAGAUUGAAUACAUCAUCUGCACCAACACUAAUGUAAAGCAACUUCAGCAGCAGCAAGCAGAACUUGAAGUACAUCAAAGAGAUGGGCUGUCAUCCUAUGACUUAUCUCAGGUGCCUGUUCCAAGUAUACCAGCUAACGUUCAUGAGGGUGGAAAGUCUGUGGAAAAACCUGAUGCUAUCUUCUCCCAGGAGAGAGAUCCUAGAUUUGCUGAGAUGUUUGCUGGAAUAACUGCUUCAGAUAAAAAAAUGAUGGCCUCGGCAUCCACAGCAGGAAACCAGCAGCUUUACUCACAGGGAAGCCCAUUUCAGCCAGGACAUUCGGGAAAGACCUUCAGUUCAUCUGUGGUACACGUGCCUGGUGUGAACGACAUCCAGUCUUCUUCAUCGACAGGCCAGAAUCUGACACAGAUUUCUCGCCAGCUAAAUCAGAGUCAGGUUGCCUGGACAGGAAAUCGCCCACCAUUUCCAGGACAGCAAAUUCCGUCUCAGUCGGGCAAGGCUCAGUCAUCUCCCUUUGGGAUUGGAACAAGUCACACCUACCCAGCCGAUCCGUCCUCGUACAGCCCCCUUUCCAGCCCAGCCACCUCUUCCCCGAGCGGGAACGCCUACUCCAGCUUAGCAAACCGAAGCGCGGGGUUUGCUGAAGGUGGCCAGAGCAGCAGCCAGUUCCAGGGGAGACCUUCCGAAGUUUGGUCCCAGUGGCAGAGCCAACAUCACAACCAGCAAAGCGGAGACCAGCAUUCGCACCCUCAGCCCAGUCAGACUGAGGUGUUCCAGGACAUGCUGCCGAUGCCGGGGGAUCCGACGCAGGGUACUGGCAAUUACAACAUUGAAGAUUUUGCUGACCUGGGCAUGUUUCCACCGUUUUCUGAGUAGCUUGCAAAGCAGAAGUGGAAGUUCUUCUCCGAGGCCAUUUCAGUGUAAUUUUGGCUCUGCUUUUUCUGUGUUGCAUUUCUGUAGAAGCUACUAAACCAGAAGACACAUUUCUCAUGUUUCAGAUAGUGGUGUAGGGCUUGCUCUCUCCUCCUUGGGGUGUCAGUGCCGACAGAGGAGCUCCAGCACUUGGUAGUGUUCGUUGACAGCUCCAUUUAUUUUUGUUUUAUUUUAUUGUCAUCUACCUCAGAGAUGAAACACUUUGCUCGAUUUAAAAAAAAAAAAAAAGAAUCUCUGAGUCUUAAAUAUUUGAAUGUGAAU